UAAUUUGUCACCGAAGAACUAUCUGCAUUAUAAAAUGUUUUUAACAUGUUAUUUAUUAUUCCUUUGUGUCCAUGGAAUUUUCGGGGGAAGCAGUUUCACUAUGGUCGUUGAUACCACGGGUUCGAUGGUUGAUGAAAUCGAAAUACUCAAAAAUAAUAUUCAGUCAUUGAUGUUAGCGAUGACAAACAGGAAUUUCGAUAAUUAUAUACUCAUACCAUUUCUUCACUUAGAUUCAGGUCCCCCCUUAAUAUCCCAGUCACCUCAAGGGCUUGCUGAUAUCGUAAGUGUUAUUGAAGUGAGUGAAGGUUACGAUUGUCAAGAAAAUUCUUUGAUCGCGAUUCAAAAAGCGCUAGAAGUUAGCAAACCAAGGUCUACCAUAUUUGUGUUCACGGAUGCUGAAGCCGAGGAUGCAGAUAAACUCUAUACUAUACAGAACUUGUGUGAAAAUAGUCAAAGCCAGGUGAUAAUUUUUCAAAGUGGCACCUGCUUUACACGAGAAUCACAAGCAGCCACAGAAAAUAUUUAUAAAAAAAUCGCAAAUAGCUGUGGAGGUUCCCAUUUCUUUUUCUAUCUCAAUAAUCUGAGACAGUCAUUUAAGUACAUGCAAGAAGUUACUAAAGUUGAUUGGACUGAGGUAAAAACUUACGAAUUCUACGGAAGCAGACACUACCCAUUUUCUGUAGAUUCUUAUACAAAAGAUCUGCUUAUUGCCAUAUCGGGGAACUAUCCGAAGAUAGCCGUGAAGAAUAACUUUGGAGAAUCCAUCGGAGUUAAUGAGAUUAUAGAAACAACCACAAUGAAAGUUAUUCGUGUCGGUGAGGCAUUAUUUGGUGAAUAUAUUGCCGAUAUAAGCUGUCAAGGUGCGACUAUGUUAACGUUUUACAGAAAGAAAGAAGUUAAAUUCAGAUAUGGAUUUUCACCAUUACAACCAAAAAGCCUCCGAGAAACAACUCCGUUACCAAUACCAGGUGUUAUAAACUAUUUACUUAUAUCUCUGCCGGAAAACAACUUAGAUUUAGUUUCAAUACAAUUGAAAAUGUCCGAUGAAUACAAUCACAGAAGUAUCGACCAUCAGGUCAUUGAUGAGAGCAGAAAAUUGUAUGCUGCAACCAUAUUAAUUGAACCCAUGAGGACCUUUAAAGUUUUGGUGAAGUGUAGGGACAUUAAUAACCAAGAAAUAAGUGGAACAAGUGAACAAAUGCAACCACAAAGACUGGUAUUGAAAUCGCAGUCGAUCGCACCGGAAGCAAAAAUAUUAGAAGUUGAUCCCUUAAUCAACUUCGGUUCAAGUUACUCUCUAGCCUGCAAAGUGAACAGUUAUCCCAAACCGGAAAUUUGGUGGGAGGAUAGUAUGGAGGAAAAAUUACCUUCCGAGAGCGCAUUGCUAGAAAUACCACACGUUUACAUAAGUUACUUGAGAAUUGAAAAUGCUACUAGAAAUGACACUAUUACUUGCAAAUGUAAAAAUACAGAAGGAGAGGAUGCAGUUUCUACAAAUAUAAACGUCAAUAGAACCUUCACAUUUGAUGUAAUACAGACCCCAUCAGAUAUAACUGUCGAAUAUGGCGCAGAAGGAAAACUUUUUUGCGAAGCAAACACUUAUCCUGAAUCAGAAAUAAAAUGGUAUCAUAACGAUACCCUUAUAGAAAGCUUAGAGGAUUUUGAUAUAAUAGAAGAUGAGCACAUGUUACUAAUAAAAAAUAUGAACCUUAAUCAUACAGGAACUUACAAUUGUGAAAUAUCUAAUAGUGAAGAAACAAGAACAUUUUCGUCAAACGUUUACAUCUCAGGCCUUGAAACUCCACAAAUUGAUUUGGGAAAUUCAGAGAUUUUAUUGAAACCGGGCGACGAGACUGAACAAGAGUGCACCAUUAUAAAAGGAAAACCGUUCCCUGAGAUAUCGUGGAAAUAUAAAUCUAGUUAUGACAAUAUUGACUUAAGUGACGUACCAGAUGGUGUGAAAAUUAAUGGGGCCGCGUUGAAAAUUGAUUAUGCCGAUUUAUAUCAUAGUGGUUUUUAUGUCUGCGAAGCUAUUAAUAUUUUAGGAACGGAUACCCAAGAGAUUUCUGUUAAAAUACAAUAUCCUCCUAAGAUAAGAAAUGGAGAUGAGAAAAAGAUCGUGAAAUACGGAGAGACUGUAGACCUGAUUUGUGAUGUUGACGCUGUUCCGACUGCAUCAGUCCGUUGGGAUAUGUACCAGGAUGACAUUGCUAUACCCUUCGAUGCCCGCCAUAGCACAAACGAUAGAAACACACAUCGAUUUACAGCUAACACGAGAGACUCUGGGUUGUAUGUUUGUACGGCGCAGAAUGUUUUAGGUACUGCCACGAGGAAAGUAAAGGUUAAUGUACUAGUGGCACCUUAUAUAGAGGCGUUGGAGUGGAAUACGCUCACGGCUAGAAGGGGCUCAACAGUUAAUUUAAGUUGCAAAAUCAUUUUGGGUAACCCUUUGCCGAAGAUAAAAUGGGUGUACAUUGCACCAAAUCUCAAUACAACCGAGUUGGUUAGAUCAGAUUCAGCUGGGAUAUUAGAUUUAGUAUUAGAGGACAUCACAAAGAAACAUGAGGGUUCCUAUCAGUGUAUUGCCGAAAAUGAUGUCGCAGUAGACUCGAUUAAACUUUUGCUUACAGUUAUUUAAUAAGAUUUCAUAAAGAAAACAGAUAUAGCUACUUAAGUUUUUUUAUAUUAUACUUAUUUAUAGUUGUCACACAUAUAUAUUAAACAAUUGAAAUAAAAA